GUGCCUCCGAAGGCGGCCGGCGAGCCGAGGGGCUGGGGUGCUGGUGGCCGCCCGCGCCACGCUGCGGGAGCUGCCGCCGCCGCCGCCUCGCACCGUCGCACCAUGUCCGGCCAGCUGGAGCGUUGCGAGCGCGAGUGGCACGAGCUGGAGGGAGAAUUUCAGGAAUUGCAGGAAACCCACAGGAUCUACAAGCAGAAGCUGGAGGAGCUGACCUCACUCCAGACUUUGUGUAGCGGCUCCAUCAACAAGCAGAAGACGCGCCUGAAGGACUUGAAGCACACACUCCAGAGGUACAAGAACCAUGCCAGUCGGGAGGAGGCAGAGCUCAUUCAGCAGAUGAGCACCAACAUCAAGGAGCGGCAGAACAUCUUCUUCGACAUGGAGGCCUACCUGCCCAAGAAGAAUGGGCUCUACUUAAAUCUGGUCCUUGGCAAUGUGAAUGUGACCCUUCUCAGCAACCAGGCCAAAUUUGCUUACAAGGAUGAGUAUGAGAAGUUCAAGCUCUACCUGACCAUCAUCCUGCUCCUGGGUGCUGUGGCAUGUCGAUUUGUCCUUCAUUACAGGGUGACGGACGAAGUUUUUAACUUCCUGCUAGUGUGGUAUUACUGCACCCUGACAAUUCGGGAGAGUAUUCUCAUCAGCAAUGGCUCAAGAAUUAAAGGCUGGUGGGUGUCUCACCACUAUGUGUCCACGUUCCUCUCUGGAGUGAUGCUGACCUGGCCCAACGGACUAAUUUAUCAGAAGUUUCGUAAUCAGUUUUUAGCAUUUUCCAUUUUUCAGAGCUGUGUCCAGUUCCUGCAAUAUUAUUACCAGAGGGGCUGCCUCUACAGGCUUCGUGCCCUGGGGGAGAGGAAUCAUCUGGACCUCACCGUGGAAGGAUUCCAGUCCUGGAUGUGGCGGGGCCUCACCUUCCUCCUGCCUUUCCUGUUCUGUGGCCAUUUCUGGCAGCUCUACAAUGCCGUCACGUUGUUUGAGCUCUCCAGCCAUGAGGAAUGCAGAGAAUGGCAGGUGUUCGUGUUGGCGCUCACGUUCCUUGUCCUCUUCCUGGGCAAUUUCCUGACCACACUCAAAGUCGUGCACGCGAAACUUCAGAAGAACAGAAACAAGGGGAAGAAGCUGUGAGCCAAGGGACCCGUGCGUCCCCUCUCCCCCCCCCCCCCCCCCCCCCCCCCCCCCCGGGGUUCAAGACCGGGGGGGGGUUCCAGCUGGCACGAUUUCUCCCCACAGUGUCUGUGGCUACUGCCAGCAGCCGGCUCAGGGGCCAGCGCGGGGCUGGGGGAGGGCGGGGAGGGGGCAAGGCCCCGGUCCCCGGCAGACAAGGGCGCUGUGACCCCUGCCUGUCUGCACGGCGUUCGCCUGCCCCAGCCUCCCUGUUUAUGACGUAUUACUACGGGCUCCUCCCGACUGCCCUAGAACCUGCAGUCUUCCCUCGCUGCCGUCUUGGCUGCGGCUGAGCCUGGGUCAGUCUUCCUGGGGUGGGGGUGGGGGGGCCUAAAGCCUCAGGGAGCCCCUCAGGUUGGGGUCUGGGGUGCCCACCGGCUACUUCGUGAUCCCCAGCGGGCGGAAGGAUACCCCUCGGCGGCCUGUGGGGCCUCCCGCCUCGGGGCACACCGCUUCUGCUGUAAGCUCUCCACGCUGCUCCGCGGUGGGGCUAUUUAAGUUCUCGGAGAACCAC